AUGAUUUUACUAAUAUGCUUCAGCUUAGACUGGACUCCCGUUUGCAAAACGACCGAAGAGAUACCUGUAGGUGACCUCAAGCCUCCCUCGCAGCGUCGCCGACGUCCUUGGGCUUCUGACGCAGCAACCACUUGCUUGCCCUUCUGCACCCUCAGGAGGCCAGGGUGGGAAUUUAGCACUGCCUCCGCUACUGUUUCCUCCGUGGCUGUCGUGUCCUGCGAGAAGGCGCAGCGCAACGGAGCGUCAGACGGAGCUCCUGGCUCGCUCUUGGCGCCCCGUUGGACCAAUCGCCGCUUCCUCCGCCAGCGGGGCGCUGUCCAGAGCCAUGUGGUGCUGAAAUCACUGGCCGCGCUUGCUAGAAAGAGGGCAGCGAGCAACAGGCAGUCUCAGCUUGCAGUUGACUCCGCUCUCCUCCGCGUCCGCGUCCGCCUCCGAAACCACGAUGAGUUCCCUGCUCUUCACAGUGCUGGUGUUCUGUUCUAUGACAACAUCUACUUUCCAGACGAUCAAGGUGUCAGCAGCUUGAGAGACAAAAAUGUAGCACAAUUAAGUAAAUGUAAUAGCUGCGCAAUGCAAGAAUCAGAGAACUGUCAUAGAGUCGUCAAGUUCUUGGUUACUGAGUUACCAGAAUUUAAACACUGCAAUUGCACUAAAGAUGCCUGUGAUAUCCAAAUGUUGCUUGGAAAAGAAUGUUUGGGCAAUCAAGGAAAGCCAGAGCUUUCAUCAGCCCCAGAUAUUCAGAUUAGAUUCCCGCAGCCAACAAAACUGAAAGAGAUUGCAUACCCAGGCAUUUUUGAAGAGGACUGUGCAAUGGACUUCAAGGAAAAGGAUCAUAAAAACACAGAAGCAGAGUGGGAGUCGUCCCCUCUUUCUAAUGCUGAAUACAAACCACAGCACUCCUGCUUUCGUGUGCAAGAAGAAUGUGUGAGUGACACAAAAUGUAACAAGCAAUUCUCUGCCUACCUUAGCGAUUGCCAAGUGCGUCAAACACCAUGCCGCGUGGAUCAAUGCAAAAGAGCACUAAGAAACUUCUACCUAAACAUGCCUUUUAAUGUCGCCCAGAAGUUGACAUUCUGUGACUGUGAAGAGUUGGAUGAAAACUGUCUUCACUUCUCAAAAGAGCUGCUUCAUGGCAAGCUGUGCACUGACUUAGUUCCAGCUCGUUCAUGUCACAGCUUGUUUCAAACAUGUCAAGCUAACAGGCUCUGCCAGGAGAAAUACAAAGUGUUUACAUCAAAGUGUUUAAACGAUAUCUCCCAAUCAUGUCUUGAAAAUAAGAGCUGCGUAAAAUAUUUGGACACCAAGGAUUUUAAUUGCUCUGAUAGUGAUGAGUGCAGAAGAGCUUAUAUUGACAUGUGGGGAAUCCUCCGUCCUGUGAAGUGUACUUAUGAUGUGAGAUCACCUGUGGAACAAUCGUCAUCAUUCAAGCUGUUUUAUCAUAUCAUCCAAAGAAGCCAUUCUCUUGGCUUCCAGUAA